UUUGAGUUAUAUGCCCAAGAUUCCGCGUUAAGGAAGCGGUCAACUAACUCCCUCAAAAUUGUCAUCACCUACUUCACCUUCCUUCCCCUUCUCUUUCAAUAUCUAUAUAAUCUAUGCCACUUUCUCCCAAUUUUCAACAACUAGCUCACUUUCUUGAUUCAAUCAACCAAAAUUCCAUUAAGAAAAAACAAUUCUUGUAACAUUUUGGGACACCCAAAGUUCUUGAAUUUGUUUUGGGACACCCAAAGAACAGGGGAAAACCAUAAUACACACAAAAAAAAACAGAUCAAUCUUGAUUCUCAAAUAUGGAUAGACUUUUAAGAACUUUGUUAUUUUCAUCAUUUUUGUUGUUAAGUCUAUUUGCUACCUCUUCAUAUGCACAAACUCAAAAUUGCUCAUCUUUUGCAUUCAGAAAUAACCAACUUUUUGCAACUUGCAAUCCUCUGCCUGUGCUGAACUCUUUUCUUCAUUGGAGUUACCAUCCAGAUAACCACACAGUGGAUCUUGCUUACAGACAUGGAGGCGUAACGGAUUCGGAUUGGGUAGCAUGGGGACUGAACAUUGACGGAUCAAGAAUGGUUGGUGCACAAUGUUUGGUUGCACUUAGAAACUCAAGUGGUCAAAUACAUGCCUAUACUUCUCCUGUUACUGAUUAUAAUACACGGUUAGCACAAGGUGAAUUGAGUUUCCGUGUGCCAAGAAUUGCAGCAGAGUUUACAAAUAACGAGUUUAUUAUUUUUGCAACUUUGGUAUUACCUAGUGGAAGAACAAGUUUUAAUCAGGCUUGGCAAAAUGGUGGAGUUUCUGGUCAGACUUUGCAAGUUCAUGCUCAGUCAGGUGAUAAUAUGAGGUCUUUUGGCACUGUUGAUUUUGCAAACGGAGAGUUAGGGAGUGAUGGCGGUAGCUCUGUCACUUCUAGACAACGUAGAAGACAUGUUCAUGGAGUAUUGAAUGCAGUGAGUUGGGGAGUGCUAAUGCCAAUGGGAGCAGUGUUUGCAAGGUACUUGAAGGUGUUCAAAGCAGCAAAUCCAGCUUGGUUUUAUCUACAUGUUGCUUGUCAAACUUCAGCCUAUGCUGUUGGUGUUGCUGGAUGGGGCACUGGUCUCAAACUUGGAAGUGAUUCUACUGGUAUCAAAUUCAAUACUCACAGGAACAUUGGCAUCACUCUCUUUUGCCUCGGAACUCUUCAGGUGUUUGCUUUGCUUCUGAGGCCAAAACCAGACCACAAGUACAGAUUAUACUGGAACAUCUACCACCAUGCUAUUGGAUACACAGUGAUCAUUCUCAGCAUCAUCAAUGUGUUUGAAGGAUUUGAUGCAUUGAAUGGGCAAAAGAAUUGGAAGAGAGCUUACAUUGGUGUGAUCAUAGCCAUAGGGGCUAUUGCAGUUUUAUUAGAAGCCUUCACUUGGUUCAUUGUCAUCAAAAGGAAAAAGUCAGACUCUAACAAGUACCCACAAAAUGGAACAAAUGGUGGUAAUGCUUAUUCAAAUGGGACUCAUCAGCAACAGCAAGCAUAAAUAAUAAACUAACAUAAAUGUCACUUUGGACAUGUUUUGUAUGCAUAUAUAUUUUUUUUUUUGUUUGCUUCAGAUUUUGGUUUUUUUUGUUUUUGGUUUUCUUUGCAGAAGGAUAUAUUCUUGUAUGCAUAUAUGUUGAGAGACCACCGAUUUGUGGUUUAGUAUUAGUUAUUUAUCAUUACUAGUACUGUUUUUAUUAA